GAAGGAGUGUGGCUGUUCACCGGUGGCAACCCGGCGGAGGCCCCGCUGUUCCAGCGUUGCUCCCAGGGCCAGGCCAGGUAUGUCUCCCCAGAGGGGAGGCUUGUGAUGGGCAAUGCCUCCUACGGCGUGAGCUACGGCGAAGAUCUCCGCUGCUCCUGGGAGAUUUGGCCUUCGGGCCAGGAGGCGGAGGGCACGUUGCUCUUGAAGAUGAACGUCACGUCGCUGCGGUACGACGGGGACUACCUGGAGCUUAUCCGUUUGGACUUCACGGGCAGCGCCGUCUCCGGGUCGUCGAUGCUCGCCCGGGGGCCUGCCUUCCUCUCCUCAGAGGUAGACGGACCCGUUCGAGUCGAAUUCCGCUCAUUUAGAGAUGACAGACGCAGGGUGAGCCUGCUAGAUCUUGGAAUUUGGUCCGUGGAGUGGAGCUACAAGGCACCCGUUGUGACCACUACACCGUUUCGGUACGCAGCUCCAGCGCCGAGCAACCCUCCGAACGAGCUGCACACGGCACGGACGAUCGCGAUCGUCACAAUGUCCUUGGCCUGUGCCCUGCCAUUGGUCUAUGGUAUCUUCUGGCUACGGAAGCGUUUGCGCGCCGGCCUCCAGGAGCCCCCUUCCACACAGGUCCCUCCCGGUCUGGACUUGAAGGGACUGGAAGAUCUUCACCCGAGCUGCAAGCCGCAGGUGCUGGGUGCGUCGGUGGCUUCUCAGCUCGCUUGCAGUGUCUGCCUGAGCAACUUUCAGCCCGGCGACGUCUGCAGGAAGUUGCCGUGCAACCACUACUUCCACCAGGAGUGCAUCGACUGCUGGCUGAAGAAGGCCAAGAGUUGCCCCACCUGCCGUGGCGACCUCCUGGGCAUGCAGGAGAUCCGAAUGAGCGACCACGAUCCGGAAGCUGCCCUGCCCGAAGAUGGCAUGGAGACUACGGCGGCCCUCGAAGAACCCGAGCCUGUCCAGAGGACGGGCGAUGAUCAGGGGACGGAGCAGGUCUCGGAUGGCCCUGAAGUGAGGAUGGCCAUAUGA